GUAUACAGCUAGAAUUUAGUAUGGAGGUACAAUGAAAUCUUUUUAUUGUUUAGAACUGUAAAACAAGUCGUGGGAACAAAAAAUCUAAAAAUUAUUUGUUGAUUUUUGACCUAGGUUUCAUAUUGAUGCGAUGCGUAGUUAAUGAGAACGGAUGAUUUGUCCAUACAAGGAAAUUUAUUUUACUUUAAAUGUUGUGGCGCCAUCUCGUUCAAACAGCACCUUUGUUUUUGCCUUAUUGUUGUUUGGCAGAUGGUGGUAGUGAUAUAAUCACUGCAGAUACCUUGCAGAGGUUGAUCCAGGGAUGUAGUCUAGGGGUGGACAGCCCUAGUUUGUUGCGAACAACUCAGACUAAGGCCGGAGUGGCCUGCGCAGUACAUAAAAGUCAUUCCCAUUCAACUUGGUCCAUGGAGCACGUCUAACCACGCAGUCUACGAAAGGUCCGCAAUCCGUUUUCCACCUGAUCGAGCCACCUUUCUCGCUGCGCACCUCGCCUUCUUAUGCCCGUCGGAUCAUUAUCAAGAGCCAUUUUCACCGGGUUAGUGUCCGACAUUCUGGCUACAUGCCCGGCCCACCGCAGUCGUCCGAUUUUUGCGGUGUGAACGAUGGAUGGUUCUCCCAACAGCUGAUGCAACUCGUGGUUCAGUUGGCAAUCGCUUCUCGCGCACGAUAGACGUCUUUCCGCACAGUUGCUUAACAAACGAUAUUCCUCGGUUCGUGUCGAAUCCACUCAGUGCAAAAUGUCACACAGAACGAACACGCUUGUCGUGGACUUUAGUGUUCUUCCAACACGACCUCCGUUGGAACAGGUGAAAAAGUUCCUGGAGAAGUCAAUCAAGCUUGACAUGGCUGAUGUUAAGAGCAUUCAGCUGCACAACCUCAACAACUGCGUGUUUAUCGAGAUGAACGAUGCAGGUGUAGCACCACGACUACAGCAGCAAAACCAUCUGAAACACUCAUUCCAUCGUCUAGGCGUAAUCUAUCACAUACCGGUGUAUGUUGAUGGCCCCACUACAACAAUCAAGCUACACGACCUUUCGCCACGCAUGCCGAAUACCACUAUCAUCAACCAUCUGAAACAAUAUGGCAAAAUAAUCUCCAUACAAAAUGAGACCUGGAAAAACUUCUUCCCGGGAGUGCUGAACGGUGUGAGAGUAGUGCGAAUGAUGAUAGAAAAACCGAUACCAUCGCGCAUCUCUAUCGAGAAUGAACCGACGCUAGUUACUGGCCAAAAACAAAAUGAUCAACAGCAAUCAAAGUGCCCAGUGGCGACUUCAGAGCCUACAUUACAAAUACCAUCGAACACAUCCGAACAAAUCAAUACCGGCCCUCCACCAGUGCAAACGGAAUCAAACGAAAGUGAAAACGACAAUGACGACGACGACGACGACGAAAGGCAAAUUGAGCCCGGCACUACUGGAGCCAGCGCGAAAAGGCGAUUGUCAGCCGCAUCGGGAACAGCAAGCGACACACGUGCCGAUAACAUCCCAAAGAGAUCGUGUGGUGAAGACGCUUACAAUACAGGCGAUACCAGAGAACAUGAUGGAGCGGACUGGAGAGUGUAUAACACACGAUCAAAAACAAAAAAAUAAUGUAUCGAAUUUGUAGCAUAUUGUAAAUCAGAGACGAGCCAGCCUCGGGCUGAAAGUCUCUUAAAUAUAGACAAAAAAAAAAAAGAAAAACACUCGUGGUUCAUACGCCUCCUCCAUGUGCUUUCCGCCAUCUACACCUCACCAUAAAUGGUACGCAGAACUUUCCUUUCAACUCCAAGUGCGCGUUGGUCCUCCACGAGCAGCGUCCAGGUCUCGUGUGCGUAGAGAACUAUCGGUCUAAUGAGCGCUUGUAGAUAGUCAGUUUGGUACGGCGGCGAACUCAAUUCGAUCGGAGCGUCUUGCGGAGUCCAAAGUAUGUACAGAUUCCCGCCACGAUGAGUAUCCGAAUUUAUCUGUUGGUAUCGUUAUCGGAUGUCACCAGGCACAAAAUACCAUCACCUUGCCGUAACCCUCAACGCAUUUCAAAUGGACUCGAGAAUGCCACUGAAACUGGAACUACGCAUAUCACCCGAUCCAUCGCCUCAUUGAUCAACCAACUUAACUGUCAGUUUAUCCGGAAAUCCGUGUUCGUGAAUUAGCUGCCAUAGCUGGUCUCGAUCGAUUGUAUCAUAUGCGACCUUGAGGUCAAAUGAAUAGACGAUGUGUGAGCACGUUGUAUUCGCGGCAUUGCUGCAAUAUCUGGCCCAUGAACUAUCUUACAUUUGGUGCUGGUCGACAGAACAAAAUUUGGGAGAAUAUGUUGUGGGCAGCGUUCAGCAAUGUGAUUUAUAUAAAUGGGAUACACGAUGCCUUCCAUCAUGAGCUCUAUAAGAAGAGUACCGGAUUUGUUGUAUUAUGCGUAGUUUCUUUAUUUAUGACGCUUUCAGCCCUGGGCUGGUUCACCUCAGUCUGAGUAUAGCGUCUGAUCACAUUACAGUUCUUCCAGUUUUAUUAUGUAGAGAUUUUCAUACGUAAAAAUCAAUCAGUUUUCAUCACUUUAUUUACCCUAAUAGCAACUCUUGAAUAAUUGUUUACGUGUCACAUU